UUGCAGAUUAGAAUUGAUAGGCCAAUAGCUGGUCAUUUGGCAAUUGCGAGCAAAAGUUCGUUGGAGCGAACGGUCACUGCUCGAAUACAAGUUGAUUUGACGAGUUACACGGGGUUGGUGAUCGCACAUGUGUAUCUUUUCGAGGAGCUUCUCAUCCUCAAGCCCAAACAAAGUGAGACGGUGAUGUUUAGCGUGCCGGCAGAUUGUUUGCGGGAUAUGUUCACCGAGGACUGGGAUAUAACGAUAACGGCGCUUGCACGAGUUCUUCAUACUGAUGAACGAUUUUACACGCAGCAAGUUCUCACAUUGCUCAAACCUACGCUUUCUAUCAAGAAGGUUCAUUUUUCGAAUCUUGCAUUUGCGAUAGUUUAA